GCAUAUAUGUUAUAGAUAUUUCUUAUCCUGGGUGGAUGUAUGAAAUAUUUGAUUUAGGCUGGAUAUAUGGAUAUUUUAGUAAAAGUUUAAAUGAAAUUUUUGUCUGGAAGGUGUAUAUUUCAUCUGUGUAAAGGAAUUAGUGAGUGAAACAAAAAUACAUACCUUUAAAGUUACACAUACAAAUAUUUGAAAAAUAAAAUGAAUAAUCAGAAAAUGAAAUUGAAGUUUUACUUCCAGCAAAAUGCAAGACUAUUAGCUACAACCUUACAUUAGGAAAAGACUGUAGUUUAUAUUAUAAACAAUGAAUACAAAGUGACAUAUGUAAUAUUUCUGGUUACAAAUGGAUCCCAGUGAUAACAAUUUCGAGAAUUUCCUGCCAGAUGCUCACUACAAGCGUGGCCUCAGAAUGGCGUACGAUUUACAGCUGGAAAAGCGUCUGAGUAUCGUGUGUCGUCCACAUUUUCAGGGCGUACUCAUGAUAUAUGUGGACCGUAACAGGAUGCGUAUACGCAAGGGUGGCCUGCGGCUGAGUCCCAACGAGGAGGCUCAGAUUGUGCGAGAGGAGACUGAGAAGCGGCGCAGGCUGCGCAUCCAGCAGGUCCGUGAGCAGAGCAAGGAGAACGCAGCCAAGAUACGGCACGCCGUGAAACAGGAGAAACACAAACAGCUCAUGAGACUGGCAACAGAUAUCAAGGAUCAGCUGGAGGCUGAGAAGGCUGAGCGGGUGCGCCAUCUAGAGCAGCAGUAUGACAACAGCCUGCGCAACAUCGGCGUGGGUCACAAGUCUGCUGGUCAGCAGCCUGACUAUGCUGAAGAAAAGGCUCUGGUACAACAGGAGGAGAACCUGCGGGCGGAGGCUCGAGGUAGGGCUGCGGCAGAGCACCACCGACAGGAGGCCGCGCAGAGGAACUUUGAGGCACAGAAACACGUCAUAGCUAGGCAGGAGGCCCUGGCAAUAGAGAAGGCCCGGGCGUCCCAGAUUGCUGCCAUGCCUGCCCCUCCCCCUGACCCAGUGGCCAAUGUCAUCUUGCCCAAACCUACCAACAAAGCUCCACGCCAGCAUGCGCAUCCACGCAGUCUUGUCAGGAUAUGCAUACUGAAGAGGAUACUCAGGAAAUACAACGACAUUGCGGGCUUUUAUAGCGUAGCCUCUGGCCAAACAACGCAAGUGCGCAGGCUGGCUUGA